AGGAGGAAGAAAAAAAAAAAAACCGCAGGCCACAGGCAGCAGUGACAUCACAUCAUGCCAUGUCGCGUCUCUGUGAAGACGCAAGCAAGUCAGGAAAAACGAGUUUGGGGACAUUCUGUUCUCCUUCCCUCCUUAUUUUUCUGCCUUGCUAUUCUGUGGUUUUAUAUAACCGGACAGUAUCUGCAGACGGUUUGAUUGACUCAAGCGGAUUAUGGAAGACGCUCAUUCUUUCUCAGUCCUCAACGAGAGGCUGAGACCUCGAUCCACCGCCAAUACACAGCUCCACUCCUCUCUGAGCAGACUGGAGGACAGACAGGUGUCCUCGCUCAGGAGCAAAUCGUCAUCCAGCCGACCCACAGUUGUGCCAACAGCACCAGAACCGAAAGUCUCCAAAGCCGAACCUGAAGACGACUCGAAGCAGGAAAGUUCGGUCUCUGAUGAAGACAGCUCGAUCCUCAUCACCGAGAUCAAUUUAAACGACUUUAGAGGAGUGGAGCUGGCUGACGACAACAGAAGCAUUUCCUCGUCUGAGGAGAAAGACCAACCAGGUGAGCUGGCCUCAGCGGGGUCAGGUCGUUCCUCAAAGUUGGUACCUUUGGACGGUGAAGGUGAGAGCUCCUUCCAGAUGAGCUACAUGAACAGGACAUUACCAGACUUGCUCAACGGUGGCAAGAUGCUCGGCAGACGUCGGACAGUGGGACAUGUCUCAGAGACGCUUAAAGAAGUGCGCAGAGAGGUGGAGCUAUCUCGGAAACGGAGUAUCAAGCUGAAGGCGCAGGUGGACAAACUACAGGAGAACAGAGAUGGACCGGCAUGGAGCCAGCACAGAGAGCGGGUCACAGAAGAGGUUCUGUCCAUUCUGCGGCUGCUGCGCCCCCUUACAGAGUCGGGGUCCAGCCUUGGUCCUAAAACAUCUCAUGGGGAAAACCACCUGGACACUUCCCUGGUCCAGCUGCAGAGUGUGGCCCGCGAACUGGCAAUCAACCACACCAAACAGUUCAACUCUGGAAAAGGAAAAGGAUCAGAGGAGAGCGCUAUUCUGCAGCAAGCGUUACGGGACAGAGAUGAGGCCAUAGAGAAGAAGAAGGCGAUGGAGACCGAGCUGCUGCGGAGUAAAACAGAGAUGAUGUUCCUGAACAACCAGCUGCUGGAGGCUGUGCAGAAACGUCUGGAGCUGUCGCUGGAGGUCGAGAACUGGAAGGAGGACGUUCAGCGUAUCAUCCACCAGCAGUUGCUGACUCAGCAGCAGGCAGAGCAGGCUCAGAAGAAGCCCUACCGCCUGGGCAUCCUGAGGAGAAACAAAGCAGCAACCCUCCAGCGGCCAACAAACUUCCCGGCUGUCGCUCCCACAACCAACCCCAACCAAAUCUUCAUCCCCAGAGCUGCAACUUUGCCUGCUCCGACUACCAGCACGCCUCCUCCUCCCCAACGCAACUGGAGGGACAAGCUGAGGAGGACCAAGAACGCUCCUGAUGGAGGCCAGACUGCAGCGGCGCAGGAGUCCUGGGGAAAGGGCGGCGGCGACUUCCAGGUCAUAUCACUCGAUUGAAGCAGAGACGACUUUGCACCGAGUACAACUACUCAUGUCUGGCAAUUUAAAGUCCCCCUCCAGUCACAAAUGUGUUUAGCUUAUCAUCCACUUGUGCAGAGUUUGACACAAGAAGGCUGUUUUCACGUUCAUCUGCUGAAGGGGGAAAGUUUCUCUGUGCUCAUUUAAAAUCCAACACGUGUACGUACAUGAAUGAUUUGUGACAUCACAGAUAGUAACCAAUGGUGGUCCAGUAUGCAACUUAUAUUAAGUGUGGUGUGGAAACACAAAGCCUCCGGUGCACAAACACUGAGAAUGGACUUUUCAUUGAGUUCGGAGACAUCUUGAGUCCAGCAGUUAAACCUCUGAAAUUAAUAAUAUUUACAUAUUCAUACAUUCAAUGAGGGAGUAGAUGUCAUUUAAGAAGUUUUAACAAGGUAAUUGAACCUCUUUGUGGGAGGGGGUCUUCCAUAUAUUCUUGGGAAAACAUGCUUUGGAUCUUUGACUAUUGCAAUUUACUCAUAAAUAUAACUGGGAUCAUAAAUGACCCAUAUACUGGUUUGAUACUGUGACACUUCACUACAUCACUUUAGAUCUUUCAUUGUCUGCACAUGUUUUUAUUGUUGUAUUUUCAAUAAUCAAAAGAAAAACGCAUAAACUUUGUCUCAGAUUUGUCAUUUUAUUGUAUAAUAUCAGUUUGUACAUUUUCAAUUAUAUAUAAUCAACCCACUCCUAUAUGCUUCUUUGUCAAAUGUAUAUAUGCCACUAUCUAGAAUAAGUGCCCCCAUUGUGGCAACAUGUUGAACAAACUGAGACGUAUAUAGCACAGCAAAGUUACACCUGAUGACAAGAGAAAAGGCAUGCUCAUAGUGGACCACAAUACAAUCCUGAACAGAUGAUUACAGUCUUCUAACAGUUCUCAGUAGGAUUGAAUAAAUUCAAUUUCCUAUAUUGUUGACACAGAGAGUUCCCCCCUUUAAACAGAGACACUCGUACCACUGCAACACUACAGAAGCUGAAGCAGGGCCUGCAUUCAAACAUCAGCGUCACCCAACAAUCUAUUCAUAAUUAGCAACAAGACAAAUCUGUCCUGUGGCUGAGGACAGGGGG